AACUUGAGAAUACUUAUCCCUUUAUAUCCUUAUCCAUAUCCAUCUGUAUGUAUGCUAAUAUGCACUUCAAAAUUCAAAUUAUCGUUAACCCAAAUUCGGCAAAAGAAUAGGUAUAAAUAUUGGCGCGAACAUGGAGUUACAAGGGCACAGAGGUUCAAAUAAUCCAAAGGCCAUACUUUCUUCUUUAUUGCAUAAGCGAGAAAAGCUUCAAGAAGAACUACGGAACGUUGAAAAACAGGUAUAUGAAUUAGAGACAAGUUAUUUGCAGGAAACAAGCACUCUCGGGAAUGCGUUGAGAGGCUUUGAUGGAUUUCUUUCUUCAACAAAAAAUACCGCUAACUUUAAAAGAUCCAGAAAGUUUCAGCUUGAAGAUCGGGUGUUUUCAUUGUCCUCAGUUACCUCACCAGCAGCAGAGGAGCUUAGAGUUGUACGAGAAGAAGGAAGAUUGGAUAUAAGUCAAGGUCGGCCCAAGGGUGGAGGCCUAGUCACUAAUGGACAGGGAAAACCAAAGAAAGUAAGAACAGGCUCAAGGGAUGGAAAGAAAAUUAGGCAGUCAAGUGACUUAGAUCUGGAUGAUGAAGACGAUCUCAAUUUGAGAUAGCUGACUUUCUUACUUUCGGAUUCAACUCCUCCUAUGUACCAUAUGUUGUGCUUUAAGUCAGUGGAUUAUUGGGUUAAAUUAAGUGAUCAUGUAAUCUGUGAUAGGUAUAUAUAUAUGUUGUAAGAUGACCAUACUGAAUUCGGAAAGACUGAAAAUAAAGAAAGGUAAUUUAAUU